AGAGAGAGAAACGGUCGAGCAACGGCAGGGUUCGGAAGGUAUCAGAGAAGUGCAGAGGAGUCGAAAAAUCGAUUUUUCCUGUAUUGCGCGACGACCAGAGUCUGUGCUGAACGGAAGAGUGUUUACAAAUGGAUCGUUGAAAAAAUCUAAAUUUCCAAGCAAACCGUGUAAAAUGAGUAGCGAUGAAGAGGUUUUGGUUGGCGAACUAAAAGUGGUGUAUGAUUUUGUGACGCGCGCUAAAUUUCGUAAAGCAUUUGCAGCCCUGCAAAAAUUACUACAGCAGAAAACUCCGGAACUGGCCGAAGCGCCGAAAUCCUGCCUCGACGAUAAGGACUCACUGGAGGAACUGUUCCUCUUCGUGGUCAGCAAGUACGCCGAUCAGUUGGAACAGGAAGAACGAUUCCAGCAAGUUUUCGAGAUCAUUGAACAGGGACUGGAACUGUUUCCGGAGCAUCCGGAACUUCUCAACGAAACCGGCGUUCGACUUCAACGCUAUGGUCGCUCCCUGGAAGCAUCGAUCUGCUUCGAACGGGUCUUGCUGCAGGAUUCCAAAUACCUGAAGGCAUAUCAAAAUCUUCAGAACACCAAGUGUGAACUGGUCGAGCGAUGGCACUUUCGAAUGCUGAACGAUGUUGUUCGUAAUGCCGCUUAUAGGGCAGCGAUCCAGAAUCAGAUCAAGGCUGGACACGCCGAGGUGUUGGAUAUUGGUACCGGAACGGGACUGCUAUCUCUGUAUGCUCUUAACUGUGAAGGAAUCCGCAAGGUAGCGGCUUGCGAUGGGUCUGAAAUAAUGGUGCAAAUUGCUCGAGAUGUUUUCGGCGCGAACGGGUUGAGUGAUCGGAUUUGCUUGUUCCAAAGCUACUCGCAGGAUUUGAAAAUCGGUGAUAAGUUUUCGCUGAUCGUAACUGAGACAUUGGACUCGGGUGCAUUCGGUGAGGGUAUUUUGGAGACUUUAAUUCAUGCAAAGCAAAAUCUACUGUUACCGGAGGGAAGAAUCAUACCAAGCCAAGUUGUACUUUACGUUACAGGAUACAAGUCCCGUGCGUUAACCGCAAGCAAUAUUCUCAUCAACGAAGCUUUUAGUCAUGAUUUUAAUUUACCAAGUAAUUGUUUGAUUUCUAAGGAAGGUAUUAAGUGUUAUGAUGCGGAGGAUGUCUGUAGAAUUAAGGCGAACGACGACUUUGUAUUUGUAACAAAUACGGUCCGCGCGAUGACUGUCGAUUUCAACGAUUUGGAUUGCAUAGAGCGCUACCAAGAGGGAUUAGAGGAAAACCUCUUUGAACUGAUCUGUCAAGAGGAAGGUAUUUUAGAUGGAUUUGUUGUUUGGUUCGAUCUCAUGCUGGACGAAGAAAACAGCAUUAGUACGAAUCCUACAAGCAAUACAUGCUGGAAUCAAGCCAUAUUCAAGUUGAAUCAAAGGCUACCGGUAAACAGAGAUCAGAGUAUUUCCCUAACCAUAUCAUGCAAGGAUGGGGCACUUGCAAUUUCUCACAAUCUCAAUUCAAUGGAUAAUCAAAUUUGCGUUGACGAGCACGUGUUGGAAUUUUUAAAUGAUUCCGAAUAUUAUAGUAAAUUAACCACAGACAUUGAUGAUAUGGAUGAUCUGGAAAAAGUUCUAGAUUUGUCAUUGUUUCCCUAUGCCGGGCUAAAGCUCCUUAAAGAGGGUAAAACAUCUAUGUUGUUCUGCUCUGACAGAGCAGAAGAUCUUAUCGAAUUUGUCGCUAAUCAAAAUGACAUUCCAAUGUCGGCAAUUAUGUUGCUGGGUUCACUACCAGAAGUUUUUCUUCUAAAUGAUUACACGCUGGAUCUGAUCAUUUUGCAACCAGUGGAUGUCUUUGGUCAAAUCAACAGCGAACAUUUUUGCCAAUAUCAAUCCCUUUUUCCAAAACUUAAACCCACCGGAUCAAUAGUUCCCUCGAUAGUAGAACUGCACGGCAGUAUUAUUCAUUCGGACUGGAUCGUUAAAUGCUGCCGAGUUGAAAACCCGGAAUUGAACAAGUUCCACAUCGAUCGUUAUUUAUCCACGUUGGAGACGGAGAAUCAUUUGGAUCUGGGUCCCUUCACCUAUGAAAACUUAUCUCAAUCAAGCAAACUAGCCGACGUUCACUUCGACGGUAAACUACACGAAGUCGAGAUGGAACUGCCCCUUAAUGAACCAGUGGAACCCAACCGUAUCCACGCCAUAUUGUAUUAUUAUCAGAUCGAGUUUGUACCGCAGAAGGAAUACCUUAGCACGCAACGCAUGCAGAGUUUUGCCAAACGAUCUGCUUUCAUCAUUCCGAAGAAUGCAUUCCAAGGUGUCAUCAGUGCAGGUAUCGCAAGAGAGGACGAAACUGAUGACAAUGCUGAGGAGCCGAAACCUCGAACCGUGGUUUCCAAUGUCAAUAUUAAUAUAGUGCAAAAUCAUGGAGUUAUUAAGUGCAAUCUGCUUGACUGUCCCUAGAGAAAUACGAUUUACCAUACCGUACACAUUGUAGUAUAAUUACAAUACCGUACAUUACUCCUGCACAAUUACCAGCAAAAGUAAAAUGUUUGAGAUGAAAAUAUUAAAUACACUUACAAACACUUUCCGAGGACCCUACAUAGCGUACCUGUAGUACUGCAAA